AUGUACAGCAACCUGCACUGGGCCGUCGUCUGUCUCUGUAUUUACCCAGGCUCUGCUGAUGACGGCUGCUUCACUGCCGUCCUGAACAGAAGAGCCACGUUUAUCGUAGCGUCUGGAGACAGUCUGUCUCUGUCCUGUGUCGUCCAACACUGUGGACACCCGUUCACCUGGAGAUGGGUUUGGACAAACUCCACAGACGAAGAGUUCAGCUCCGUUCAAUCGGCCGAUCAUCUCCGUGUGACGAGAGAAGAUUUAUCCCCCGCUCAAACUCGCCUCGUCCUGGACCUGCUGAGAGUGAGAGAAGAAAACGAAGGAUCCUACGGCUGCAGCGUCCGGUGGGAGACGCACGAGACGGAACAGGGACAUUUAAUGUUUGUCAACGUCACUGCAGCUCGUCCCUUUGAUCGAACUUUGAACAGGAUCCUGAUUUGCUCCGCUGCUGUUCUUUGCGUCUUCAUCGCCCUGGGCCUCGUGUUCUGUCUGAGGUCGAAGGUCACGCCUCAGACUCUUCGCAGGAAGUUCACCUCAGUGACAUCAUCGCACGCCAAGCCCCGCCCAUCGGCUGAGACCCACGCUCCACUGCAGCAGAGCACGCCACGCCCUCCCCCCAGAAGACAAGCGCGCGAGAAAGACAAGAUGUCCUCCACAAAGACUCCAGGGCCGUCCCCACAGAAGACAGAGGUGGUGUACGCAGAUAUUUCCCAGGAUGCACUCGUACGACAGCAGCAGCGGCGGCGGCUCGGCGAGUCCCCACAGCCCACGGUCUACUCCUCAGUGAGGUUUACACAGCUACAAACGAGGGAAUAGUUUUACUUUACGUUUUUACUGAAUGUAUUUAGUUUUUCUGUUGCGCCUGGGCUGUAGUUAUAAUCUGUGACGCAGGUGGAUCAUUAUGUUUUACUUUGCACAUUUUAAAUCACAGUAUUUAUCUGAAAUAGAAGUAACAAGCUGACGUCUGUGUGAGGUGAAAAUGAGAACUGAUCUGCAGAAUGGAGUCUGGAAAAUAAGUGAUUUGUGUAAAAGUUCUGCUUAAACACUGACUCCAUGUAAAAUGUGAAAUAGCUAUAAAACAUAUUUUGUCCAGUUGUUCUUUCAAUGAACUUGUGUAAAUGUUCUUUUGUAUGAAAUAUGCUUCUAAAUAAUACGGUCAGCUUUAAUUUUUAUUAUCGUUGCCUUUGUGAUCAAUAAUUCACUAUUAAACCUUUAUUUUGUUGUAAACUUAACACACUAGUGCAGCUGAGCAACUAUCCAUCCAUCCAUUUUCUUCCUCUUAUCCGGGGCCGGGUCGCGGGGGCAUCAGUCUAAGCAGGGACUCCCAGACUUCCCUCACCCCGGACACGUCCUCCAGCUCCUCCGGUGGGACCCCAAGGCGUUCCCAGGCCAGCCGAGAGACAUAGUCCCUCCAGCGUGUCCUGGGUCUAGAACACCUCCCUAGGGAGGCGUCCAGGAGGCAUCCUGAGCAGAUGCCCGAGCCACCUCAGCUGGUUCCUCUCAACGUGUAGGAGCAGCGGCUCUACUCCGAGCUCCUCCCGUGUGACCGAGCUCCUCACCCUAUCCCUAAGGGUGCGCCCGGCCACUCUGCGGAGGAAGCCCAUUUCAGCCGCUUGUAUCCGCGAUCUUGUCCUUUCGGUCAUUACCCAAAGCUCAUGACCAUAGGUGAGGGUAGGAACGUGGAUUGACCGGUAAAUUCCCUCACUCGUGAACAAGACCCCGAGAUACUUGAACUCCUCCACUUGGGGCAGAGACUCACCACCCACCCGGAGAGAGCAAACCACCUUUUUCCGGUCGAGAACCAUGGCCUCGGAUUUGGAGGAGCUGAUUCUCAUCCCAGCCGCUUCACACUCGGCUGCAAACCGCCCCAGUGCUGCAGGUCCUGGCUUGAAGAAGCAUCAGGACAACAUCAUCUGCAAACAGCAGAGAUGAAAUCCUGUGGUUCCCAAACCAGACCCCCUCUGGCCCCUGAACCAGACCCCCUCCGGCCCCUGGCUGUGCCUAGAAAUUCUGUCCAUAAAUAUAAUGAACAGAACCGGUGACAAAGGGCAGCCCUGGCGGAGUCCAACAUGCACCGGGAACAGGUCUGACUUACUGCCGGCAAUGAACACAGCUCCUGCUCCGGUCAUACAGGGACCGGACAGCCCUUAGCAAAGAGCCCCGGACCCCAUACUCCCAGAGCACCCCCCAAAGGACACCACGAGGGACACGGUCGAAUGCCUUCUCCAGAUCCACAAAACACAUGUGGACUGGUUGGGCAUACUCCCAUGAGCCCUCGAGGACCCGAUGGAGAGUAUAGAGCUGGUCCAGUGUUCCACGACCAGGACGAAAACCACACAGCUCCUCCUGGGUCCGAGGUUCGACUAUCGGUCGGAUUCUCCUCUCCAGUACCUGGAAUAGACCUUACCGGGAAGGCUGAGGAGUGUGAUUCCCCUGUAAUUGGAACACACCCUCCGGUCCCCCUUUUUAUACAGAGGGACCACCACCCCGGUCUGCCAUUCCACAGGUACUGUCCCCGACCGCCACGCGAUGUUGCAGACGCGUCAGCCAAGACAGCCCCACAACAUCCAGAGACUUGAGGUACUCAGGACGGAUCUCAUCCACCCCCGGAGCCACCGAGGAGCUUGCCAACCACCUCAGUGACUUCAGCCAGGGUGAUGGACGAGUCCGCCUCUGGGUCCCCAGUUUCUGCUUCCUCCUCGGAAGACGUGACAGUGGGAUUGAGGAGAUCCUCAAAGUAUUCCUUCCACCGCCCGACAACAUCCCCAGUCGAGGUCAGCAGCUCUCCACCCGCACUGUAAACAGUGUUGGUGAAGCACUGCUUCCCCCUCCUGAGGCGUCGGACGGUUUGCCAGAAUCUCUUUGAGGCCGUCCGAUAGUCCUCCUCCAUGGCAUCCCCGAACUCCUCCCAACCCCGAGUUUUUGCCUCUGUGACUGCCCGAGCCGCGGCACGCUUGGCCCGCCGGUACUCAUCAGCUGCCUCAACUGAGUUGCUGAGCAACUAAAAAAACAUAAUUAUACAGAAUAGUUCAAAGCACUCAGAGUAUUUCAGUUUUGUGCAGAACCCAC